AUGGUCAGCGACAAUAAUCGUUAUGGUCCAUCUCUUAUCAGAUAUCAGACGCAGUGUAUUUUGUGCCGCAACACUUUUACUGAGGUUACAAACGGCGCAACAGGCAAGUGUUUUCCUGGUGUGGAGAAGCUCGCUCUGAAGGGUUUGCAGUACGGGAGGAUAUCGUCAGAAAAACUAGCUCCACUCGCCACUUCUUCCCUUAUAAGUCUUUUUCUUAUUGGUGCAGGGAUAACUGAAAUUGACAAUGCUACAUUUAAAGACUUUGGCGAAUUGAAAAAUUUGAAUAUGGAUGAUAACAUGCUAGGGCACAUUCCCAGAAACUGGUAUGGUGUGAAAAAUUACCACCUCGUCCGACUUUCCAUUUCUAACAAUAACAUUGCUAGUUUAGACCCAGCAUGCUUCCGAAAUCUGGAGAAGCUGGAGUCGUUAGAUCUACGAGGAAACAAACUGCGUGAAGUACGCAGCCAGUGGUUUACUGGGCUGUACAGUCUAACAAAUCUACUCUUAAGUGAAAACAAAAUUGAAACGAUUCCGCCCAAAGCAUUUGAGUUUUUGUGCCGCCUGCAGUUUUUGGACUUGAGUAACAACGGCUUGGUUUGUUUGCACAGAGAAGCAGUCCUGUCUGUGACGAAACCGGUUAGAGUCGUCUUUAGUCGAUAUAGUCCUGCCGUUUCCAAAGUAUACUCUCUUAGUCAUGAUAUGGCAUGGAGCGUAGUGCUGGGAAGGUGUGACAGCACAGAGCAGUGGGCACGGUUUGAGGCAGUCGGUAUGGUGUUACGUAUUACCUAUGAACCCGGACAGGACAGGUUUGUUAUUGACUGGUUUAGCACGUCAGCAAGUGCGCACAACGUCCCGAGCGGUCCGGAUCCAGACUUUUGUAAUCCGCCCUCGGAAAGGUUUUGGUCGGGUCGCUUCACGACUUACUCUUCUUUCAUCCUCAUAGCGGAGAACAGUGAGAGACAAGUGAAGUCGUCUUUUCCCACUCAAUGCCUAGAGGCGUGGGAACAGCAUGAUGGUAUACACUUGACUUUGAGGAGAUCCAGUUUGAAAGUCUCCGUCAUGACAAGAAGGCAGUUAGGGGCUCCCAGGGCGGAGUCUUUGAGUAUUGUGGCAACGACACGGAGUAGUCAAAAUGUUGACUCUGAAAAUACAAACAAGGAAAGAGUGGAAUGUUUUGCUCUCAAUCAUAAGUACAAACACAUUUCAUCCUUCAAUGUGACUGCAACGAAGCAAGUAGAUGACACGAGGUGUUUUCUGAGUGAGACAACAGAAACGAGUACGAUAUUUAAUAGAUUUAGCACUACCCAUGUAAGUAACGACAACAGAACUCAAGCGUCAGAAAAACAACGUCCUCAUCUUCAACAAACUUAUCAUUGGGCCCACACAUACAGAAUGCCACUGCUGAGCAACAUCUGGGUCGCCAUACUUCUCUUCCAUGCCAACUGUAGCCGAUGUAACUCCUGA